CAAAGAAGGGAUCUGUUGACAGUAUCUGUUCCUUCUUUCAAAGCUUGAAAAAAAUACGUUUCAGUUGCAAGAGCUGUUGGAAGUCCUUGUCUUCUGUUACGACUUCUAAAGAUACCAUAGAUACCAUACUGCCAGAUCAUUUACUUGUCCGGGAAUAUAUAUCAUGGCGGAAGAGACCAACAGGAACAAUAGCAGAAAGCUUCCGUCUUUCAUUGAGGUGUUGGAUAGCGACGACAGCGACGACGAUGACGAUGAUGUACCGAUAGAAGCGCUCGCAACGAGACUGACAAAGGAAGAGUUCCAAAGACGCGCCGCCGAGAAGAAGAGGCCGCCGGAACAUGUGGAGAUUAUCGAUGUGGAUGAUCAAAUCUCUCCGCCCAAAAAAAAGAAAAAGCCUUCUACGGAUGACAAGGAUGACGAUGACGAGGAAAUGGAAGUUUGGGGUGGCAAAGGCGGCGAUGAUGUGGUCGAAGUGGUUCAUCCAUCGUCGUCGACCAAACAAUCUAGCAAUAAAGGUUCUAUUCUCGAUGGAGGAGAAUCUACUACUCAUAAUAGUGCGGACGGCACAAACAACAACAACAGCAAUGGCGAAGAGGAGUUUCAAGUGUUAAAAUCCACGGGUCCACUGGCAUUUGCCGAUUUCCCUCAUGCCCGAGAGCACUGUCUCAUCCAUCCCAUGGCAGAUGAUCCAAACAAGUGUUGUCCCAACUGCUAUUGCUGGGUCUGCGAUACCGUCGUCCAAGAGUGCAGCGACUGGACCAAACACUGCAUGGCCAAAUCUGCCAUCAAAAAAUGGCAACGAGCCAGAGCCGCCAAUCAACUCAAAAAAGACAAAUCCAAUCGACGAGGAAUGCCCACGCGCAACAGUGGACGACGACAACCACCGCCACCAACAAUAGCAUCGGUAACCCGAGUCAAGAAAAGCCGCGAGAGGUGGCAACCGCCGGAACGAGCCCUCCUCCAGGGCGCCCUCCAGACCGAAUCCGAUUGGACCGCCGUACAACGAGCUGUAGGGACGCGGAAUCUCACAUCGAUUCGAUCCUGUGCACUGAGGUUCUUUCCAAGCUUAUUCCGAGCAUUUCAAGCACGAACUUUCUCUAUUAGCAACAGGAGCACUGGGAACAACGAGUAAGUACAUGUAGCGACAACCCACCCACGCAUGAAAAUGAGGAAACAAACCAGCAGUUCCUUCUGGCUGGCGCCCUAUGAAAGAGGCUACACACCAGCGUGGCCUAUUUUCGCGGUGGUCCGUCAUGCCUUGAUGUACGGUACUUCUACUAGUGGAAUGUGAUGUUUUGGCGUUACUUUUUCUACAGCUUCAUAUCAUUAUUUAGAACCAACAAUUGGCCUUCUACCUGGGAGCUUUCUUUUCACAUCUGUGUCUCGUGUAGUAUGCCAACAAACUAGCUACCGCAGUCUCUUGUUGCACCUAUUCUUUUCACUGCGGACAAAGAAAAGAGCAGGGGUAACUAGAUCUACUUAUUUGAUGAUUUUGCCGGCUGUAUGUUCAACUUCCUUUAG